AUGCUUUCAUACGAAAAUCGUUCCAAUAUGGCUCAACCAACUCCAGCCAUGCCUGACCAUUUGCCAAUAUCGACCUCGUCGUCGGCCUCAAAUUCAAUGACCAAUGGCGCAUCAAGACAGCCUCAGCCAGAUCACUCUCACAUCUGGUUGAUUACCGGUCCUGCUGGAUGUGGCAAAAGCACCGUAGGCCAAUAUGUUGCCAAAGCGAUGAACUUACCAUAUAUUGAAGGAGACGAGUACCACCCACAAACAAAUAUUGAUAAGAUGGCCCAAGGCAUACCUCUCAACGACGCCGAUCGCUGGGACUGGCUGACCAAGCUCCGCGACGAAUCCGUCAACCGUCUGAACUGCGGCUCCCAAGGUGUCGUCCUUACUUGCUCUGCCCUGAAACGCAAAUACCGCGACGUCAUCCGUGUAGCUUCCUACUACAACCACAAUGUUCUCGUUCACUUCGUAUAUCUGCAUGCGAGCGAGGAAACAUUACUCGAGAGAGUCGGUGCUCGCAAGGGUCAUUUCAUGGGUGCAAAUAUGGUUCAUAGUCAAUUUGGCAUCCUCGAGCCACCUACCAAAGACGAGACGGAUGUGAUCCAGGUGGAUGUUAGUGGAUCUUUAGAAGAGGUCGAGCGAGAUGCAUUGGCGAAGAUUCAUACGGCGAUACAGAAAGAAUUGGCUAGGGAUUCAUGA